UCAUCAUCAAUCCAUUCAACCACAAGAACAAUCACACAGAACAAAGACUUAGAUCUAGAGAAGGAAGAGCGUAUAUCUGAAGAUGGAGGAUAUGGGGAUAAGCCAUAGAAUGGUUGAUGUAAAUGGAAUCAGAAUGCACAUAGCUGAGAAAGGGCAAGGUCCAGUGGUAUUAUUGGUUCAUGGGUUUCCAUCGCUUUGGUAUUCAUGGAGACAUCAAAUUCUCUCUUUAGCUGCCUCUGGUUACAAAGCUGUAGCUCCUGAUUUACGCGGUUAUGGCGAUACUGAUGCACCCAGUUCCUCACAAACUUAUACCUGUUUUAACAUAGUUGAUGAUCUUGUUGCUCUCAUUGACACACUGGGUCAAGAUAAGGUGUUUGUGGUAGGACAUGACUGGGGUGCAGUUAUGAGUUGGUACCUUUGCUUAUUUAGGCCAGACAAGGUUGAAGCAUUAGUGAACUUAAGUGUCGCCUUUACUCCUCGAUUCCCUUUUGUCAGGCCACUUACGAUCUUACGAGCUAUAUAUGGCAAUGAGUACUAUAUGAUCCGAUUUCAGGAGCCUGGAGAGAUGGAAGCUGAGUUCACGCGUGUUGGCACUGAAACAGUACUGAGGAAGUUCUUGAGCUACCACAAUCCAGCUUCUCUUAAGAUACCUAGAGACAAAGGUUUCGCACCCGAAAUCCAACCUACAUUGCCUUCAUGGUUAUCAGAGGAAGACAUUCAGUAUUACACUAGUAAAUACGAAAAGUCAGGCUUCACUGGAGGAUUCAAUUAUUACAGAAACAUAAAUGUAAACUGGGAAUUGACCGCACAAUGGACAGGUGCACAGGUAAAGGUACCUGUUAAGUUUAUUGUGGGUGACCAGGAUUUGUGCUAUCAUAUGGUAGGUAUGAAAGCAUAUAUCCACAGUGGUUUAAUGAAGCGAGAUGUGCCAUUUCUGCAAGAAGUAGUCGUGCUUAAAGGAGUUGGUCACUUCAUCAUGGAAGAAAGAGCAGACGAAAUCAGUGGUCAUAUUAUCGGUUUUCUGGAAAAUUUUCAAAAUUUUGCAGUUCCAUCUGGCCAAGUCGGGUCGUGUACCAUAUUGUAAUUAGUUAGCGAGCUUCUAAUUGUCAUCUAUGUUGUUCUUGGUAGUUUAAUACUCUCUGUUAUGAGAUAGCCAUGGAUUUUCUUUCUGGACCGAUGUGUUCGUGUUGUGCUAAGUCCUUAUUGGCUUCCUUUCUGGUGUUGUUUAAAGUUGCUGGGUACAGGAAGGGGCAGCUGAAUGAUCUCAAGUUGUUAAAUUUGCCUUUGCUAAUCUUAUUGUUUUCUAUAA